AUUUUUCACGAAACAACUCAAGAGAUCCGAUUUGGCGGGAACGAUCUAUUCCAGUAGUCCGACGACUGAAGUGAUUCCAGCAGUGGAUUUGGCUGUCACUCUGUCUCUGGAGGUGGCAACGCAACAACGAACGGUGCGUGGUGAAUCUAGUGGAUUAACAUAUCGGCAGUAGUAGCAGCAGCAGCGGUGGUGGCCACAUCAGGUUAUUAAAGUUCAAUUUUGAUAGGCUGUUGGCGUUGAGAGUUUCCCACCAACCCACCGACAAUGAAGCCCAACAAUCUGGCCCACGUGGACAGUGCGUCGAUAAAAUCGAUCAGUUCCGAAGACAUCAGCACCGCGGCUGCCGCAAAUUGGCACGGCAAGGGAUGCUGCAGUGCCGAGGCGAAAAAUCCGGCCUUCAAACGCGGCCGUCAAAUUCAGCUGAUGCAGAUGAUUGUGCUUCCCUUUAUCCCAAUUCUGGCCCUCAUACUACAAACAUCCAUCGAAAUGAUCGACAUCGUAAGCUACCGAAUGGAGGCCACCGAGAUCGAGAGCCAAGUGACCAUGGCCACCGAUUUGGGUAAGGUAGUUACGAAGCUACAGCUGGAGCGAUCCGAUGUGGCGUUCUACAUCUACACGAACGGCGGCAUGCUGCGGCGGAACUUGACCAAGGGAUUUCAGGAGACGGACCGAGCGCUGGAGAACAUGUCCUCGUGGCCUGAUCUGACGAUCGCCACGCUGAACGACGGGAAGGUGACAUGGUUGAACAUGAGCGAGUUCCGAGCGGAGUUGACGGAGUUCAGGGAUAACAUUUCGUCGGACAAUGGGGAGACCACUAGGGUGCGGGACGUUUUGCAUUGGUACACGACAGUCAAUGGAGCUCUGCUGGAGCAUUUGACGAACCAGAUCAAAGAUGCCAACAAGAGCGGGGUUUGGCGGUACUUGCUGAGCUUCAAGAACAUGCUGAAAAGUAUCGAGAGUUUGGAUAUUUCGGCUAUGUAUGGGAUCAUUUAUUACGGACGAGGUGUGCUAAGGCCUGAUGCCUAUGUCAACUACAUCCAGCAUGAUAUCGUCGGGAAGGAGCUGUUGAACGGGUCGUUGAAUUACAUUCCCAAGCUUAAGGCGACCUAUAAGGAGUUGACGCGGCUUAUGAAGGGAUAUGGGAAGCUGAAACAGUGGGGUUCUACGAUCAGGAUGAACGUGGAGAAGAAACCAGAUAUAUCGACGGCCACGGAGUACUACGAGGCGAUGGCGGCGUAUAUCGAUGAGUUACGGAAGCUGCAGGAUCGUAUACGUUGGAUUAUUAGAGAAGAAGUCCAGAAAGUCCUCGACACCGCAGACCGGAUGGAAACGUUCGGCAUUGGCAUUCUGAUCGUCGUGCUCAUCGUGUCACCCAUCAUAAUCAUCCUGGUGCGAAAUGCCGUUGCCACCAUUCAGAUGUACGCCGUCAACCUGGCCCAGAAGGCCAAAGAGCUGAAGCGGGAAAAACGCAAAUCCGACUCGCUCCUGUUCCAGAUGCUCCCGCCCACGGUGGCCACCCAGCUAAAGCAGGCACAAACCGUCCCGGCGGAAUACUACUCGGCCGUUACCAUCUUCUUCAGUGACAUUGUGGGAUUCACCGAGAUUGCGGCGGAAUGUACGCCCCUGGAGGUGGUAUCGUUCCUGAACGCCAUUUAUCGGAUGUUUGACGAGCGCAUCGAGUGCUACGACGUGUACAAGAUCGAAACCAUCGGGGACUCGUACAUGGUGGCGUCGGGUCUUCCAGUCAAGAACGGGCUGCCCUGCGUUUGCGGGCUUUUCCACGUUACAGGUAACAAGCACGUGUCGGAGAUUGCCACCAUGGCGCUGGACCUGCUGAACGCGUCCGGAUGCUUUAGCAUUCCGCACAAGUCUGACGAGCCGGUGGAGAUACGAGUGGGCAUCCAUACGGGACCGGUGGUGGCAGGGAUCGUUGGUACUAAAAUGCCCAGGUACUGCCUGUUUGGAGACACGGUGAACACCGCAUCCAGGAUGGAAUCAACGGGAGAAGCUCUCAAAAUCCACAUUUCCACCGAGAUGAACGACGAGCUGGUCAAAAUCGGCGGCUUCAAAACCGAACACCGGGGACUGAUCGACGUCAAAGGGAAAGGACUGAUGGACACCUACUGGCUGGACUGCAAGGAGGGGACAAUCCCUAACCACCACGGGGAAGUGGCUUGGUACGCCGAUAUGCAGCCCGUUUAUUUGAAGAUCGUUUAAAACCGCACAUCGAAUGGAGGAACAAGACAAAAAGCACCCAGAAUAGAUACAAAUUUUACAGCUUAUUGCAAGACAACAGACGAAACACACGAACAAACCCAUAUGGCUGGAUACAAUAGACAGAAACCGAAGCCUUACAGUUUUAGUUGAAUAGUGUUUUAGAAGAUUUAGAACUGCGCGGUGAGUCAUGAUUGGGGCUGCAGGUGAAUGUAGUAAGGUGUGAAAUAUUUACACGAUAAACUGAAAACUCUAGUCCGGUGAAGUGAAAUAGUGUAACCAUUACUGUUCAAUUAACCAGACAAGCUGACGGAAGACGAAAAAUAUCUGAAUGUUUACUCGUUGAUAGUGUAUGUGUGUUCUACAUGUAUAUGUGAUAUAACUAAAAGUUUAACACUAAUUAUAGGUAAAUGUGACUCAGAUGGAAUGGAAAUAUACGUAGAUAUAUGCGAAUCCGGUAUAUUUUGCCGAAAAUCACGUGUUUCAUUUCAAUUAUAUUUGCGAAAGGAUAAUUAGGUAGGGUGAGUGGGGGUUGUGAAUAAUGAUUACUCGCGGUUACGUGA